CUGGACCAACAUGGCGGCUAUAAUGAGGAUUGUCAACAGAAGCACUUUAAGUUCAACAAUGGGUCAGCAGUACCUGGCGUUCAGCUCCGCAGCAAAGGCUGGCGUAAGGGCAAGUCAAGCUCUUCCGGAGAAGGUGAAAAUAGUGGAGGUGGGACCCAGAGAUGGUCUUCAGAAUGAGAAGACAAUCGUACCAACAGAGACAAAAAUUCAUCUGAUCGACUUGUUGUCAGAUUCCGGGCUGCCAGUCAUUGAGGCCACCAGCUUUGUAUCUCCAAAAUGGGUUCCACAGAUGGCAGACCAGGUGGAGGUGAUGAAGGGGAUCUGUAGAAAACCUGGAGUGUCUUAUGCAGUCCUUACCCCCAACCUCAAGGGUUUCCAGGCUGCUGUGAAGGCAGGAGCUUCAGAGGUGGCCAUAUUUGGCGCUGCAUCAGAGCUCUUCAGUAAGAAGAACAUAAACUGCUCCGUCGACGAGAGUUUACAGCGCUUUGAUGAGGUUAUGAAAGCAGCUAAAGAGGCUGGUGUGCCAGUUAGAGGAUACGUGUCGUGUGUUGUUGGAUGCCCGUAUGAAGGCAAGGUGGCACCUGAAAAAGUUGCACACGUAGCAAAGCGUCUGUACUCGAUGGGCUGCUAUGAGAUCUCCCUGGGUGACACCAUUGGAGUGGGGACUCCAGGGAGCAUGACUCAAAUGUUAGAGGCAGUGAGCAGAGAGGUGCCAGUCAGUGCCCUGGCAGUGCACUGCCAUGAUACCUAUGGCCAGGCCCUGGCUAACAUCCUGGUAGCCUUACAGAUGGGAAUCAAUGUGGUAGACUCAUCAGUAGCUGGACUGGGUGGCUGUCCCUAUGCCCAGGGGGCUUCUGGGAAUGUUGCUACUGAAGAUGUAGUCUAUAUGUUGCAUGGACUUGGGAUUCAAACGGGUGUGGACCUCUCCAAACUGAUGAAUGCUGGAGCUUUCAUCUGCCGAAGCCUCAACAGAAAGACCAGCUCCAAAGUGGCGCAGGCCCCUUGCAAACUGUAAUCAAUCUUUCACAGACUGUACACUGCAGCAUAACCAUGUAAGCUGGAGCCGUCACCCUCUGUAUGUACAGUUAUCACCAUUGGUUUGGUUUGGUUUGUCAUCUACCAGUAUGAGAAUGUAAUUUCAAAAUUUGGAUGGGACUGACCCCACUCUGUUUU